CAGAAAUGCUGUAAUAAGUGGGAAAUUCUCCACAUUAUUUUAACUAUUUCGUGCACAAUAAGAACAAAAUCAAGUCGCUUCCACGUUCCACGGUAGUUCCUGUUGAAAAAAGAGCACAGAAACCGGCGGUCCUGGUUCGGGUAUCGCGUAAAGAAACCUUCGGAAAUCGGCAAGUUUUAAGGAACCGCUCGAGCGGCAGAUGAAUACGGCCGAGCCUUUCCACACGAACCUUCCGGACUCUGAAAAACAUUAACUGCAGCAUUGAAUGAAAAGCAGCAAAAAGAAACAUGAAGCAAGAUGCUCAAACUACAUCACCGUGCGCGCUUUGCUUGCAGCUUUCCGAUUGUGCUUCAAUAAAAAGCGAUACAUCGUCGGAUGAAAUAGUAAAGAUUGUGUGCAAGCAUCUCUGGCUCACGCCGGAGCUAGUGCGGACCAAAUUCGUUUGUGAAAAUUGUUGGCGCCAUCUUUCAGAGUUUCACAAAUUCUAUCUGGAAAUUGAACGAAUUCAUCACGACGCUCAAGAACCGACAAUCAAAUGCCCUAUUCCACAGAAACAGCUGGAGGAACGGACAGUCACAAGUGGCUUCGUGUCAGAAAACUCUUCGGAACAGAGAGCAAACGAAGGGAUCAGUGAAGAAUCCGAUGAAAAUUGUACAGAAGCAAGAUCGAAGGAACCUGUGUCGGAGGUAGAAUUUCUUUCGGUUGCUCGGAUCGAUUCGUCGGAUGAUGAAGCUUCUACUGAAGUUGCAUGCCGGGCGGAUGAUAGCUUCAAUGAACCGAUAACUGAAGACGAAUUGGCAGUAGAUGAAAAUAGGUUAAUAAAUGAACAUUGUCGACUAACGUGUGGGGUUUGCAAACAAGAAUUGCCUACCUUUAUAACACUGAGAUCUCAUUUCCGAACGGAACAUCGACAGGCAGGGUAUGUUGAUUGCUGUGGCCGACGGUUCCGUCAACGGUUGCGGUUGCUUGAUCAUGUAAAAUUUAAGAUCAAUCCGAAGGUAUUCACAUGUAGCCACUGUGGGAAAUCGUUUUCUUCAUCCACCGCUUUGUGUGAGCAUUCGCUAAAACAUGCUCCUGCGGAUACCAAAAUCUACAAAUGCAACAUCUGCCUCAAGAGUUUCGGUAGAAGAUAUCAGCUAAACAUACAUACGCGACGCUGUAAAAAGUUUCGAUGCGAAGAUUGUGAUCUGGUAUUCCACAAUUGCCAUGAGCUUAAACAUCAUCGAAAGCAGCGCCACGAACCGAAACCGGAAUUAUUUGUUUGCCAUGAGUGCUCAAAAAGCUAUAGCACCAAUUUAGCACUGAAGCGCCACAUGGAAAAUGUGCACGGUCCGGAGAGGUACAUUUGUGAUGUCUGCUCGAAAUCGUUCAAGUCCACAGCACAAUUUAGGCACCAUCAACGAAUUCACCAUGCACCGCAAUCCUCGUUUGGAGUCGAGUGCAGCAUCUGCAAGAAAUGGUUGAAAAAUGGCGCGAAUCUCUCCAAACACAUGGGGCGACAUGGGACAAGCAAUAGACCAAAUAUUUGUGAGGUGUGCGGUAAGCAUGCACCGAAUGCGACGGCACUGAAAGCCCAUAAGAGGUUUGUGCACGAGCAGGAGAAAACGUUCCAGUGCGCUAUUUGUGGCAAAGCGUUUAAACGAGCAGUGACGCUACGGGAACACAUGACUGUGCACACAGGUGGGGCCUUGUAUAACUGUCCGUGGUGUUCAAAAACAUUUAAUUCAAAUGCCAAUAUGCAUUCCCACAAAAAGAAGAUGCAUCCCACAGAAUGGGAAAGUAGCCGCAAGCAAUACGAAGAGCGCUUCAUAAAGUCAACUAUAAAAGAUUGAGAUCAAUCUCU